UUCUGCUUUCAUCGGCCAUGCUAUCCAGUUGGCUUACUUCUACAUCCGUUGCUUUCACGAUAGCUAUCGCAGCACUCGGAAAGGAUGUUCCUCCAAUCGAAGAAGCAAUGAGCGAUUCGUCCUCCGAGGCACGGAUUAAGGGUGGCUUCAGGACCACCCCGGGCGCGAUACCUUUUGUUUGCUCCAUUCAACAACGGAUUCCGGCCGGAGCCUGGAGCUGGACCCGGACCCAUCUCUGCGGCAGCACGAUUGUGAACGAAAAUUGGUUACUUACAUCGGCCCAUUGCGUGCACCAGAAACACCUCGGCACAUUGCUCGUCGUCUGCGGGCUGCGUCAAGUGAGAUCCCUAGGCCAAAUUACGGUAAAUCCGGAUUACGUCGGUGGCCAGAGGGGCAACGAUAUUGCGCUGAUUUUGCUCCGUAAAUCACUUGUGUUUACGGAAAACGUACAAGCGAUUCCGAUUUUCGAUCAGUCCGUGCUUCCAAGCAAUAAGGCACUGAUUGUUGGCUACGGAGCUUCCUCUUCGAAUGAUGCACCUGGACCUAGGAAUGGAUUACAGGCCGCCGUUGUACCGAUAAUUGCCUAUCAGGAGUGCGUUCAGCGAUUAGGAACACUGGCAGCUUAUCUAACACCCGAUGUCAUAUGUACCGAUAAUGGUCAAGAGGCGGCAGGAACUUGCAUCGGUGAUUCAGGAGGUCCCGUUAUAAUCGCUACGGACCUAUAUCCAUUCAAUGUGCUCGCAAUCCCCACGUGGACGGUGGAUCCCUGUGGAAGUGGUCCUUCCGUCCAUACGCUGAUAGCGGCUCACCUGGAUUGGAUUCUGUCUAUUAUCGUUCCAAUUUUAAGUUUUGAAGGUUUUUCGACAGUUCAGCCUGAAACCUCCUACGGAAUACACACAAGAAAAAUGCUCAAGACCGCGAUUAUUUGUAUGUGCCUGGCGGCACUUUUCUCAAGCGCCUUAGCCCAAAAAGAGUCCCGCAUCGUAGGUGGAGUUGAUGCACUUCCAGGCGAAUUCCCAUACCUUGUGUCGGUCGCGCGGAGGAAUUUGUUGCUGUUCCGACAUGUUUGUGGUGGUACCAUUCUGAACAGCUUCCACAUCCUGACGGCAGGCCACUGCUUCAUCAACAACCCUCGGGACAGAUACACUGCCACGGCCGGAUCGCUCCUGAUGAAUGACUUCGAACUUACCGAGCAAACGGUAAACGUGAUGUUCUUCACCAUACAUCCGGAGUAUCAAGGAGGUGUCAGCCCGUAUGAUAUUGCAGUGGCCCGCAUGCAAUCUCCUUUUGGAUUCACACCCAGCAUUCAACCUGUCAACCUUCCAGCUCAAAACGCAAUUCCCGCAGGAGUAGUUCGUGUAGCAGGUUGGGGAUCCACGUCCAGUGGUAUCUUGCCGAGUAACCCGAACCAUCUUCAGACGGCUCGUGUUGCAGUAUUCGACAAUGCUCAGUGUCAACUGUUGAUGACUUCGCCGGCUGUGGGUAUUCCUAUAACGUCCGCCAACGUUUGCAUUGGACCGCUUACCGGAGGAAUGGGUCUUUGCGCGGGAGACCUCGGAGGUCCCAUCGUUCAGGUCACUGCCGGACAACACGUUCUCGUUGGUGUACAAACUUGGCAUGCAACUCCGUGCGGUGUGCCCAAUCUGCCUUCGAUGGGAACCAGGGUAUCAGCUUAUGUUGAUUGGAUCAAUCAAAAUUCGCAGGUUGUAUAAGCAAAAAAGACGUUACGUGGAAAAUAAAUCUGAACAAUA